AUGCCAAAUCGACAUUUUAGUUUUGACAAAUUGAAAAGUAAAGUAUCUCCACAUAGGCAUCUGAACGAGGCUUCGAUUUUAGAAAUAGCAGCAACAACUUCCCACAACACCAACAAUAAUAACAAUAAUAAUAACAAUAACAACCAUCAUCAUCAUCAUCAACUGCUUUUUCAACAAGACAUUACCAACGAUGGUGCUAUUAGAAGUAAAAGUAUAGAUAAUGGAAGUGUGAGAUUUGAUGCAAAUACAAUCAUUAAUUCAAAUCAGCCAUCAAGAUUAAGAUCUAAUCUGAACCCAAAUUGUAAUAAUAGCAAUCACCUUAGUAACAGCACAUCAUCAUCAUCACCAUCCGCGAUCCAUAAUAGAAGAGGCAGUGGUUCUUCUUAUUCAGAUUCAAGAUCACGUCCAAGAUCAAAAUCAUUUGUACAUGGACCCACUUUAUCUCCAGCAAAUUUCUUUAGAAGCAAAACAAAAGAUUUGGUUAAACAAGAAACUGCACAAAUCAUCCUGAAAAAAUUACUACACAUGUUGCAAGAUUUGGGUCUACAAAAUCCAAUAGCUUUGAAAACAAUCACUCAAGGUUCUGUCUCCAAAACAUGCAAAAUUUAUGUUUCAAAUUCUAAUGAUUGUAUAUAUUUACCCCCGGCCACUUCGGCAAGUUUCACUUAUGAGGAUGUUGAUAAUGGUGGCACCCUUGUUGAACAAGAUGAUAAUAAUUACUUCAGUGGUAAUUCUGUUCCAAAUUCUCCAGUGCUUUCUCCAACUACUGGGUCAAGUCAAGAUGAUCCAUUAAUUGCCGAACAAGGUAAUGAUUUAUUGAAUAAAAUGAAAUCUUUCCAUUCUCCAAACUAUUUGUGUUCUAAAAUUGAUCCAGCUAAUCCAAUACCUCAUACAUUUGCCGUUAUAGUUGAAUUAACUAAAGAUUCAUUAGUGGUUAAGGACUUAAAAUUUAAAUUUCAAUCAGUGACAAACAUCUUAUGGCCAAGUGGUGAUUCAUACAACAGGUCUCAUGUUAAGGAGAAAUUUGUUAUUGGAAAUAUGGAGUGGCAAACCACUUUAGCCAAUGCUGACUACUAUAUCAAUAACAACAAUUCAAAUGAUGUUAAACUGAAGAAUUUUUCCCCAGAAGAUUUGGUUAAACGUACAAGAGAAUAUAGACUAGUCGGUAUUGAUGAUUUGAAAAACGCAUCCACAACUUCUUUUGGUGAUGAAGAUUCUGAUAGUAUUAGAACCAGCUCCACUAACAAUUCAAAUAAUUCAUCUGGAUUAGGAGCAAAUGACAUUUAUAAAGCAGGACUUUACGUAUUUUUAUUACCCAUAUUAUUACCAGAACAUAUUCCUCCAACAAUUGUUUCAAUCAAUGGUACAUUACAACAUACAUUGCUGGUCAAUUUAAACAAGUUGAGUGAUAAAUUGAAUAGAAAAUUAAAAGUUAGUGCCUCGUAUAAUCUACCUAUGGUUAGAACUCCUCCAAAUAUAGCCAAUUCAAUUGCCGAUAAACCCAUCUAUGUUAAUAGAGUAUGGAAUGAUGCUGUUCAUUAUAUUAUUACUUUCCCAAGAAAAUAUAUUGCCUUGGGCAGUGAACAUGUUAUCAAUGUUAAAUUGGCUCCUUUGGUUAAAGAUGUCAUUAUCAAGAGAAUUAAAUUUAAUAUUUUGGAAAGAAUAACUUAUGUAUCCAAAGAUUUAUCCAAAGAAUAUGAUUUCGAUAGUGAGGAUCCAUUCUGUUUACAUCCAAUUGCCAAGGAAAAUAAAGUCAGGGAACGUAUUGUAUCUUUAUGUGAAUUGAAGACCAAAUAUAAACAGAAUACAUCUGGACAUCCGGAUGCAUACAAAGAAGAGAUUAUUAAAUGCCCUGAUAAUAAUUUAUUGUAUUCAUGUUAUGAGAUUGAAGAUGAUAUUAAUAACAAACAACACAAACGUAAAGCCAAGGAUACUACAACAAACAAAUCAUUAAUUGCAUCGCCAUUGGAUAUUAAUAUUGCCUUACCAUUUUUGACUACAAGGUCUGAUAAGAUUAUGAUGACAUCGGCCAUUGAUGAUGAUUCUGGAUCAUUUGAACUGCCCCAUACUUCAAGAAGAGCUUCCAUUAUUAGUGAUAGUGGUAGUCCAGUGCCACCAAACCCAUCAUCUCCUGUUAUCGGUGCGUUGGAAACAAAUUUGGUUAAUUUGGAUGAAAUUGGACCUCAUGAUUAUAUUAAACCAAACUCAUCAAGUUAUACUACCGAUGAUUUAAGUACAAAAAAUUUCCCACCAGAGAACAUGCAAAAUGGUUACACAUUGAUUGCUAGAGCUUUGUUUCCUGAUUCAAAUUAUCGUCACAUUCAAAUCAAUCAUCGUUUGCAAGUUUGUUUUAGAAUUUCUAAACCGGAUCCUAAAGAUGAUUAUAAAAUGCAUCAUUAUGAAGUUGUUGUGGAUACUCCAUUGGUAUUGUUGAGUUCUAAAUGUGGUGAUCAAUCCAUUCAAUUACCUAAGUAUUACGACAUUGUUGGUAUGUUUGAUAUUGAUCCUUUGUCUACUACAUCGAGUCCACCCGCACCAGGUGCUAAUGAUGGACCAAUUUUCAGAACACCAAAUUACAACAACAAUGGUGUGACGAUUAAACCAUUGGUUGAUUUCAAUGAUAACAAUAGUGGCGAUGAUUUACCAUCAUUUGAAGAAGCAAUUAUGACUAGAUCUAUGUCAGUUGGUGAGGAUCCAUUAAGUAGAAUGCCAUCUAUUUCCAUCGAUGGUGUUCCUGCAGUUUUACCAGGAGAACCUGCGCCAGCAUAUGAACCACAGCUGGAAGUAUCCCCAGUAACUGAUCUGUUGAAUUCUUUAAAUAUCGAUGAAAUUGUUAGUGAUGAAAAUUCAAGUGCUAUUAGCGGACAAGGUCAAAGAAGAAAAAGUGUUAAACAUAGUUUAUCACAUUCAUUUGCCACUGGUUCUAAACUGACAUUGCCAAGUGCAGCAUCGUCAUCUAGAGACCCACCAACUUCAUCAUCUUCUUCGGAUGAAGGAAGUAUUGCCUCGACUUUAUCUUCAACAACAAAUAACUAUAAUAUUAACAUCAAUGGACCUUCUACGCCGCCUUCAUCUACUGCACCUGAUUCCACUAGUUUGUCAAGUGAUUCUUCAGUCAGUGAUGCAAGAAAAGAACACGAUGAGAAUGAUUCCAAUUCGGUAGUAUUAUUAGACGAGAGUAAUAUUGAAAGAGCAUUGACUAAUAAUGAAGAACCUAGUCUUUACGAUGAAGAAGCCAUUGUGGAUGAUGAUGAUGAAGUGAUGGAGGAUGAUUCAGUGAUUGGUAAUGCUGCUGAUGAUGAUGAAUUGGGCAGUUUGAUGACACAAGAAUCUGCAGGAUUUGGCUAUGAACAAAGAGUUCCAUUAUUAAAGACGUAUCAAAAUGGUAGUGACAUUACAGUAAAUAGAAUUCAACGAAAAUUGGAUAAUGGGAAUGAAAAUUGUUUAGCUAGGGUAUCAACGGAUAAUAUCUCAAUACUUGGUAUUGAACAACAAGGUACCAAACCACAAGACAUUCAACGAACUUGUUUAUAG